AUACGCUCAGUAGAUUCGGCCAUUACUCGUGCGAAUCAUAGCGACUUACUCCGUUAAAGAAUUUUAUAAUAUUGUGCGGGUUUUCCCGAAAGUUGUACAAAAUAACGCGACGCAAAAGGAUGAUACACUCCGGGCGCACCAGGCUCGAGGGUACAUAUAAAAACGUAAGAUGGACUAUAAAGAGUUAAAUAAAAUACAAGGAAAACGUUAUGGGAGAGUUUUAAUUUCUCAGUUACUUAGAAAGGCUUUUGGAUGUACUGUGGAAUGAAAUAAAGAAGAGUUAAGAGGGAUUCGAGUCUAUUUGUGAUGUCAAAAUUGUUGCUGGGAGCUGUGAAAGUAUAGCUAAGAAAAAAGUAAGUCGAGUAGGAGUGGGUACAGGGGGCCAGGUCUGUCAAGGAGCUCAGCAAGCUGACGAGGCUUUAACCGGUGGUCACUGGUGGAGGCAACAACAUCCCUCGCAUCAUCAUUCUCACCACCACCACCAUUAUCAUCAUCACCGGCACCAACAAGCAGGUUACUACACGUCGCAAUCACAUUCUCACAACAAUCCUGUCACCACCAUGAAGCAAUCCUACAUGCAGCUGACAUGGGUGUUUCAUGAUGAUGAGGCGCAGAUAAACAAAAAACUGCCAAAGGAAUUAUUACUUAGAAUUCUCUCUUAUUUGGAUGUGGUAUCACUAUGUCGCUGUGCUCAAGUAAGCAAAGCUUGGAACGUCUUAGCUUUAGAUGGGUCCAAUUGGCAGAGGAUCGACCUCUUCGAUUUCCAACGCGACGUCGAGGGACCAGUUAUAGAAAAUAUCUCAAGGCGCUGCGGUGGAUUCCUAAGGCAACUAUCUUUAAGAGGCUGCCAGAGUAUUGGCAACAAUUCUAUGCGCACGUUGGCCCAACUGUGUCCUAAUAUCGAGGAAUUAAACUUAAGUCAAUGUAAAAAGAUCUCUGAUGGAACAUGUGCAGCGCUAAGUAGUCACUGUCCGAAGCUCCAACGACUUAACCUGGAUUCGUGUCCCGAAGUGACUGACCUAUCCUUGAAAGAUCUUUCGGAGGGAUGUCCACUCCUAACUCAUAUCAAUCUAUCCUGGUGUGAGCUCCUCACCGACAACGGCGUCGAAGCUUUGGCUAGAGGGUGUCCUGAGCUCCGCAGUUUUUUGAGUAAAGGUUGCCGGCAACUCACUGACAGAGCUGUCAAGUGUCUGGCUCGUUACUGUCCCAAUCUGGAAGCAAUCAACCUUCACGAAUGCAGGAAUAUCACAGAUGAUGCCGUCAGGGAACUUAGUGAACGGUGUCCACGACUUCACUACGUCUGCCUCUCAAAUUGUCCCAACUUGACGGAUGCAUCAUUGGUCACCUUGGCGCAACACUGUCCACUUCUCGGUAUCCUCGAGUGUGUGGCCUGCACCCAUUUCACUGAUGCUGGCUUCCAGGCUCUAGCUAGAAAUUGUAGACUCCUAGAGAAGAUGGACCUGGAGGAAUGUGUCUUGAUUACAGAUGCUACACUUAUACACUUAGCUAUGGGUUGUCCUAGGCUUGAGAAGCUAAGUUUGUCACAUUGCGAGCUGAUAACGGAUGAGGGAAUUCGGCAACUAGCCCUUUCACCUUGUGCAGCAGAACACCUUGCCGUACUGGAGCUGGACAACUGUCCACUGAUUACGGACGCUAGUCUCGAUCACCUUCUACAGGCUUGUCACAAUCUUCAACGCAUAGAACUGUACGACUGCCAAUUGAUCACCCGUGCUGGCAUACGUAGACUCAGAACGCAUUUACCUAAUAUAAAGGUGCAUGCGUACUUCGCACCGGUGACACCACCGCCAAGUGCCGGGGCGUCGCGACAACGAUAUUGUCGUUGCUGCGUUAUUCUGUGAUUUCGCACCCUAUACACCCUGAGGUGAAUCGUCCGAAUGCUACUAUCCGGAGCCAUUCGUAAGAUGGCCAAGAUAGUGAAAUAAGUCUACAAUAAAUUGUAGCGUUUCUUUUUCUGAUUACCAGAUAGUAAACUUUGGCAUUCUGCCAUUGACUCAUAAUCAUUGAGUGGGAGCAAUUUUAUUAUCGCUCUUGGUUCUCAUGGCCAAUCCUUAAAUCCAUUUGACACUUCAUGAAGCAACGUGGACAGUACGUACCAAUAACACAACAACACGAUUACCAGCAUACUACCAGACAACCAGUACCACCACCAUCGCUGUUACUACUAUUACACUACUACCAUUACUAUUAUUACUACUAUUACUACUUACUAUCGCUAUUAAUACUAUUGUUGUUAUUAUUAUUUUUAUUUGUGCUCCAUUAUCAAUAGUAUGUUAUCACUGUUCCCGCCAUACUUUAGAGGUACUCUGGAUAUUUGAAUUCUUCAGGUAAAACCUUUAUUAUUCUUACAUCCUAUCAGAUGUCAGACAAUGUUUCGUCAUAUCCACAUAUAUUUAUAAUGGCGUCUGUGAGCGAUAAUUUAAGAUGCAUUUUUACAAAUGGCCAUGAGAACUAUUAAUAUUCAUGUUCUCUCUGCCUGUAUUUUGAAUCCCAUAACGUACCGCAUCUCCUCGGCCGUCCGGCUACACCAGACGUAUAUUCGAUAUACGCAGAUUACACAGAACACAUUCGACGUGAUUCCGGACUAGGAGAGUACAGACUGACAUACGAAUCAAAGUGUUAAUGUGUUUGGCCCUACUGGUUGGCGAGGGAGCAUCUGGCAUUUUUACUUUUUAAGACAUAGGAUAUCUAAAGAAGGUGGCAGUAUUUCGUGGACGUACCGUGAAGAUGACCUCGCCAUUUUUUUCCAAAAUCCUUUAAAAGGAUAUUCGAUAUUAUCAAAUCCACGAGAAAGAGGUGUCCACGCGAAAGUAAAGGAUUGUAACUCACUGUUGGAAAGAGACUGCGUUUCUUUUGUGCUUCCACGUAAUUUAUUAUUUUAAAAAAUCAUUGACAUAUGUGGAUACGAGUGAUAUUUAAUAAGAUCGCAUGUCAUCGCCAUGUAAAUCGAGUGCAAUACUCUACGAGGACACAUCUUCGUUCCACUUUUUGCCUUUGAUUCGAUAAACUCGUGUACGUACAAAUGCGAUGACGUCACGCAUGCUAUCUUUACAGACCGAUAUCGAUUGCUAAUUCUUGAUAGAGUUAAGAAUGUAACGUAGCGCCGUAUAUCUAAUACUAGGCCGUAACAGAUAACACCGAGUAGCUAAGAUUAAGAAGAUUCAGUCUUCUUUGGAUAAAAUUUUGUAAUCACUUUUCAUCUCCCAAUUUCCAUCUAAGUGUUAGGUAUAUAGAUAUAUAUACAUUGUAGUAGCAUAAUUACAUCAUAUUCUUUAAUGUUGCAUUCUUUUCUUAAUAUUAACUACUCGGUACGGAGAGAAACGGACGAACGAGACUAGAAUUACGACACUAUACAUAUAAAUAAGAUAUGUUUUAUACGCUGCAUGUCAUCCCAAUAGAAAUAAGAUGAUCAUUGUAACGUAUCGUUUCGAAGUCAAAUAGUUUUAAGCGAUGUUCGUUACGUCUAUGAUAUAAAAGAAGCAUAAACAUACCACAAAAAUUGAACAUAAUAGCAAAGGACCCACUCGUAAGGGUUACUAACAUUUCAAAUUCUUAGAUACUCUUUACUUAGACCGAGCUGUAUAGCACCACGUUGUCUUUUUUUGUUUUUCUCAGCUCACUGUUUUUUUAUAAUCUAAUAUACAUAUAAUAUCGUGAUACAUCAAAGAAAUGUCAAAAUUGCCAAGCGAUAAGAUUUUUUUCGUGUGAUUAUUCGAGCUAUCGUCCCCGUUGGAUUCGAACCGAUACGGCAUUUUAAUUCAAUCCAAUAUCAUUGAAUUAUUCUAUGUGAAAUGUAAAAGAGCUCAGUUAUCAUUUUCUUUUUAAUGAGUUCUUACGGAACAAAGGUAAAAGUUAUUUGACGAAUCCAGUAUUACCUAUGAAAACUGUGUCACUGAAGGAUGGAUUCCGCAUCUUCUAUGACUAUGAUUUUUUGUAUCGUAAUUACUGUCAUGGGUAAUUACUAUUGAUAUUAAAUCAUAUUACAAUAAAUGAAAAACGUUGAAACCGAGUGAUCGAGCAAGUGUUUGGCUGUGCAGUAGAAUAGUGAAAGAUACAGACGUUAAGCGAAUUGGUUUCGGUAUUCGCGUAUUAAUGAUUUAAUGUCUCCUGUCUACAGUUUUCAAAAAGCUAAAGAGAUAUGGAUGGAGUUUUUAUUUUAUUUUUUUCAUUCUGAAGGACUUUUAUUUACUCGUUAUCGGCAGGAUUAACAAUUUCGAAGCCUAAAAGCCUUUAUAAAAUUGUUAUGAAAUUCAUAACAAUACGCUAGCCAAUUGCGCGUGAAUAUCGAAACGAUUCCAUCAAUACUACGCUGCUUCAACAAGCUGCAGUCUACCAUGUAUAUAUUUUCAUUAAUGUAUAUGUACAAUAAAAAUAUAUUCGAGACAACUU